AUGUUGUCAAAACAAGAUGUCAACUCGGAUUUCUAUAUUAUUCCCGAUUCAACUAUUGCAUGCAAACUUCCAGAGAAUCUAGAUUUUGGAGAUAAAAUUCUCGAAAAUAUUGCUAAACGAAUUAUUGACAUUCAACGAAUGAACGUGUAUUUUAACGAAGAUCAAUAUAACUUAGAUAAUGAAGAUAAACUUCAUGCAGAAAGACUGCUAGAAGAGGAAAAAA